UUCUCAGCCUACGAGGUUUAUCAUUGAAUCAUCUGCUCCUCGCCUGAGAAGCCCGCGCUAGCCGCCUCUACGCACAUCAGAAAUCGUCGUUCACGACUCCACAUCCUUCACAAUGGCCGACAAGCUCAACUCCUCUCUUGAUGACAUCCUCAAGACCACCCGCGGCAACGCCCGUCGCGGCCGUGGCAACCGCCGCUCUGGCGCUGGUCGCGCCACCGAAGCCCCGAUCGGAGGUGUCGGAAAGACCACCAGGCAGACCAAGCCCAACAAGGCUGCACCCGUUGUCCCCGCUGCUCCUUCGGGCGGCGAGACCAAGAUCAUGAUCUCCAAUCUUCCAUUUGAUGUUGAGGAGAAUCAACUCAAGGAAUACUUCAACACAGUUGUCAAUGUCGGCAAGCCCAGAAGGGUCUUGCUUCAGUACGGACCUAACGGCAAGAGCCUGGGAAGCGCUACGGUCAUCUUCAACAAGUCCGAGCAGGCCAUCAAGGCCACGAACGCGCUCCAGGGCGUCAAGAUUGACAGCAAGCCCAUUCGAGUUGAACUGCUCAUUAGCGCUGCCGCCGUAGCCGCCCAGCCUCCAUCAUCUUUCGCCGACCGCGUCACUCAACCAAAGAAGGCAGACAAGCCUAAGCCCGCUACUGCCGCCAAGGCUGCCCCUGCCGCAGGCCGUGAGCGUGGACGUGGACGCGGUGACCGGGCUGCUGGGCGCGGUCGUGGUGGUCGAGGUGGACGUGAGCGAACCAAGAAGAAGACACAGGAGGAGCUUGACGCCGAGAUGGAGGAUUACUUCCCCGCUGCCGAGGGCGGCAACGACGCUAUGGUAACGAAUGGAGAUGCACCCCAGACCGCUGGCGGCGAUACGAUGGAGGAGGACCAGAUGCUUUGAGCAGCUCGCCGACCAAGACCACUCACUUACUUGGAUUAAUUCUCUUUCUCGUUUUGUAAUGGGAUCCGAUCAACACGGUUUUAUCUCGGAAUGGUUCGGCUUUGGACUCAAACAAAUUGCAUUUCCUAGUUGCUUCAUCUUCAAGCGUCGGUUAUCCGGAAAGUGUUCUUUCAGCAGUAAGAGGCAGGUGUGUUAUGUACAGUAUCCAGCAGGGCCAUCGUCGCUUCACAGAUUGCUCAAUGAAUGAAUCGACUAAGUAGC